CGUCUCCACAAUGGCAGCAGCAAGCACCACCGCUUCCCCGGCGGACGAGCUGCACGCGCUCCUCUCUCGCGAGACUGCAAAGACAAAGCUGCGGCGGCUGGCGUCGCACGCCGCGCCGCCGUUCAACCCAGUCUGCGCACACACGACCCUCGCAGCAUGCCGCGAAGCCAACGGCACCGAGUGCGCGCGCGCACACUUCGAGCCCAUCAUCCGGCCCUACACCGACCCGUCGCUAGGCUACUGCUCGUACUUGAACAUGUGCUACGGCGAGCCCAUGUUCGCGGGCAACCCGAGCCUGGGCGAGGCGGGCGGUGCGCGGCCCGGCACGAAGGAGUGCAGAUAUCUUCACUUCCAGGUCGCGCCGGCCGCGCAGCGCGACGCCGUGCCGCCCCCGUCGCCCGUGCCCAUUCCCCUCCCGGCGUCGGCGCGCGCCCUCGGCCCAGGCGACGACGAGCGUACCGCCCAGUGGGUCAACUGCGAUAUCCGCAACUUUGACUUCUCCGUCCUUGGACAGUUCGGCGUCAUUGUCGCUGACCCGCCUUGGGACAUUCACAUGUCGCUGCCGUACGGCACGAUGACGGACGACGAGAUGCGCACGAUGCCCGUCGCGGCGCUGCAGCCCGACUGGGGCAUCCUCGCGCUCUGGGUGACGGGGCGCGCGAUGGAGCUCGCCCGCGAGCUGUUCAAUGUGUGGGGGUACAUCCGCGUCGACGAGCUCGUGUGGGUCAAGACCAACCAGCUGCAGCGGCUCAUCCGCACCGGCCGGACAGGCCACUGGCUCAACCAUACCUGCGAGCACCUGCUCGUCGCGCUCAAGCGGCCCGCGAGCCACCCGCGCGGCGCGCCAGUCCCGUGGGAUACGCAUCCGGGGCUGCAGGCGCUCCGACGAGGCGUGGACACGGACGUCGUCGUCGCCGAGGUGCGCGAGACGAGCCGCAAGCCCGACGAGACGUACGGCGUGAUUGAGCGUCUCGCGCCGGACGGCCGUAGGCUCGAGCUGUUCGGUAGGAAACACAAUGUCCGCCCUGGAUGGCUCACGCUCGGCAACCAGCUCGGCGACUCGCAGAUCACAGAGCCAGACCUCCAUGCGCGCCUGGUGGAGCGAUACCCGAACCAGAAGUUCAAUCUCGUGUCAAAGUAG